ACUCACUCAUUCCAUAGACGACCGUGUAGUGAUUGACACACAAUUCGUGCGACCAAAACCAACAUAGCUAGAGCUAAAUUCGUAGUAAAAAGUUUUUACAUUCAAUUUUAACAAGUUUCAAAGCAGAAAAAUUCCAAACAUGUCUGAAGAUAAAAAAGACUCAAAGGGUGGUGAAUCGGAACACAUCAAUUUGAAGGUGCUCGGUCAAGACAAUGCUGUCGUCCAAUUCAAAAUCAAGAAGCACACACCGCUACGCAAGUUGAUGAACGCAUACUGCGAUCGUGCUGGUUUAUCCAUGCAAGUGGUUCGUUUCCGUUUUGAUGGACAGGCAAUCAACGAAAACGACACGCCAACCAGUCUGGAAAUGGAAGAAGGUGACACAAUCGAAGUGUACCAACAACAAACCGGCGGAACACAAUAGACUCGACUAAAGGGACAACAAAUAAUCAUACAUUUCAUCAUGAAUUCCGCUGAAUAAUCUUUAAUUAAAAAAAACUUCUCUAAAAUUCUCACCAGAUUCGUCGUAAUAACUAUCAAACAAUAAACAUUGUAGACAUAAAUCAUAA